AUGCCAAAGGUCAAACAAAUGUCUCACAGAAAAGAAAAAAGUUAUGCAGAGAGUGCAGAUUCCGAUGACGAUGUGUUAGUCAUAGCAGAAGAGGCCGGUAGCACCAAUGAUAAGCUGAAAAAGAAGGAGAAUGAAAGAGGGACAUUAAAGAGUCUGGACGGUAGAACUGUGUUGGAAGGACGUGGCAGCCAAAAUGUAGCCAAGAAACAAUCCAAAACGGACAGGGGGGCCAAGAAGGUUAGUUCCAUUCCUUCAGUGUCUCAGUGCACGCUAGUCAGUAAAACAAGCCAAGACUCUUCUCAAAGUACUCAACCUAUCGAACCUCAAAGGGAAGGAUCGGGUGUAAAACAAAACAAAGCCCCUUUGGUGAAUGUUAUAGAUGAAAUUAUGAACAGGUUGACAGGGGGUACUCUAAGCAGUGGUAACAGUUCGGCAGGAGAGAACACUGAUGAAGCCCUGGGGCCUAGUAGAGUUGGAUUUGAUGUCUCAGCUUCUAAUUCAGAUGUUAGAGAGAAAGGACCAGAGAAGUUACUCAACAAAUCAUCCACUUCAGCUGUACUAGUAACAGACAGCAUCCAGAGUAAAGACAGGCAGAGUUCAGCAGUAUCCUUGAAACCCGAGGGAGAUGUUUCUAGUUCUGGCAACCUAAUUUCCACAGCAGUUGGACUUGCAUCCAACAGCAUCCACCGUAAAGAAAACUAUGUUUCAGAAACGUCCUUGAAGCACAGUGAUGACGAACAUCCCAGUGGUGUCACCUUGCAUGACUCUGAUUCUAGUUCUGCUGAUGAUGUCGAUAAUCAAGAAAGUACAUCUGCCCUGACAGCCACUGCUGCAAACAGCAUUCAACAUGAAGAAGGGUCGGAUACAGGUCUAUACCUGAAGCAGAAAGAACAUGCUCAAGCAAGAGGUGUCAUGUUAGAUGAUUCUGAGGAUAGUUCCGUUGAUGAAGUGGAUGGUCAACAAAGCACAAGAGCCUCAACAGCCAUGUCAUUGAAUGAUAGCUAUCAUGAAAAGGAGAACAGUUCACCCGUGGGAGAAGAAGAAAGUGUAGCCUCCACCUCACACUCUAAAUUUACAGCAAGUGUAUCAAAUGACUUGCAACGUGCAGAAGAGAAGAAUUCAGCAGUGACCUUGCAGAAGAAAACCGGUGGAUUGCAGAUGACGGGUGCCCUGGCUGCUCUGAUAUCAAGAGCAAAAACCAGAGUCGAAAACGACGAUUCGAUUGAUUCAUCUGAUGACAGUGAAAGUGAAGAGGAGGAGGAAGAUGAAGACAGUGAUGAUGGCAGUAAAAACGAAGAGAGCAGUGAUGAAGAGGAGAUGGAAGUGGAGAAAGAAGAAUAUAAUGUUGCAGAGUAUGGCAGCGGUAGCAAUGACUCUGAGAGCAAGCAGCAAGAUAUCACUGACAGCAACAAAGAUGAUCAAUUACAUGCCUCAGAAGAGAGAGACCAAAGUGGUAAGAAGCCUGAAGGCAGUUCAGUGGACCAAAAGAUUCCUGAAUCAUUUAACUCUGCUGUGAGGAACAACGAGGAAAUGGAGCAUCGAAAAGACACCUCUGCUGAUGAGGCUGCUAAGGAUCCUUUAUUUGUUGUUGAGGAGAAGGAUCAGGGAACUUCGAAGCAAGAUCAAAGUUCAAUUGGUGAUGGCUCCACUGGUCCACCCUUCUUUGCAAAGGCUUUUGAAGGAGAAAAAGAGAUUCCAGAUGGCUUUUCUGUCGGGGAAGAUGUGACCGAUGACGAUGCAGCUUGUCUAUCCUAUGCUGCGAUGGGGAACGACGAAGACCAUGACGAGGCACUCUUCGAUGCAGGAGACCCGUCCCCGCCUUCCAGCCCCAUCUCCUUGGACAUGAACAUCGCCUCUGACGAUGAUAUCGAAGACACUGCGGAUGAAGACCCCUGUGCCCCCGGUCUCCAACCCCCAAGAACGUCAUCCAUUGCUGGAACCUCCACCGAUGAAACAAAAUCAAGACCACAAGAGAUGUCCUCCAGAGCUGAACCCUCUUCAUUGUCCCUGCAGGAUUCGACCCUGGAUGAAGCCAUUUCAUUCCUGGAUAUUGAGAAAAACUCUGACGGUACUUUGAAUGUUCUCCUCAAAGGGGACUAUGAUGAUGAGAAACUAGAUGAACUGUUUGAAAAACCUGGGGUCAUGGAUUAUAUAAUGACAGCAGCUGCCAAGAAACCCUGA